CUGCCGGUUGCUGAUGAAUAAAUGAUGAUCAACUAUAUAUAGACGACAUCUGUGCUUAAAAUUUUAGAGUAUUAAGAUCUCUGUUUUUGCAUCACAAAAGGGGACUGUGGUACGAUUUAUUCGUCCAAAGAGGAAGGAAUGUUAUUAGGAGAGACCAGGCAGGAAGGAUGUGCGACCUUGAAGCUGUUUGAUAAAGCCUGACCUCCAUGGUCUGACAGUUUUAUAAAUAAACAAUACCCGUGUUACGCAAUUUUACAACUAUACAACAAUAGCAAUAGAAUUCCGAUCGGGUGAUAUAACGAUUUAUUAACACACAGCAGGUGAUGGUAGGGGGGCCGGCGGUGUACAGAAGGCUAGAGCAUGGAGGAAGCAUGACGAAGGUAGAGUUCAAAAAGACGUAGCUCAUGAGCUAGCUCCACGAUCGAGAGAGACAGAUCGUUACUAACCCGCCCGGACAAACUUAACAUCGUCACAAUGCAUAACAACACAGGGUCUCCAACUGCGGAGACAUUCAACGAGUUGUAUCCAGCCAUUCUAGAAUGUUUUGGAAUCAUCCUCCUUGGAUACAUCGCCGGGAGAACUCACAUAGUUUCUCCGGCCAACUCAAAGGGUCUUGGAAAUUAUGUCACAUAUUUUGCUCUUCCAGCGUUAGUCUAUAAAGCAAUGGUGGAAUUGGACUUCCAAAAAGUGAACUGGUUAUUCUGGAGUGCUAUUUUGAUCUCAAAAACAAUCCUAUUUGUAAUAGUGUACUUAGCUUCACUGGUUAUUGGUCGACGCAUGGAUCUUGGGAGGGCAGGAAUCUUUGCAAUAUUUGCCACACAAAGCAACGACUUUGCCCUUGGGUAUCCAAUUAUAAGUGCCAUCUACAGUACCCACCACCCAGAAUAUGUCAGUUACUUAUACCUAGUUGGACCCAUCUCCUUAGCCAUCUUAAACCCAUUUGGGUUCCUCUCCAUGGAGAUCCAGCGAAAUAGGCAGGCAACGCAUCGAAGCUCUAAUAUCGUCAUGUUUGGACGAGCUAUGAAGGGACUCUUGACUAAUCCAAUCAUCAUUAUGGUCUUCUUAGGGAUCUGUAGCAACUUCCUCUUCUCUCAGAAGCUUCCUGCCAUUAUUGCCGGCUUCCUGAAUGUUCUCGCAAGUUCAUUCUCUGCUACUGCUCUAUUCUUCCUUGGAAUCGGGAUGGUUGGUAAGAUCAAGAAGUCCUCCGCUAUGUUCUUCUUGACUCCGAUUCUACUCAUCGGAUGUAAACUAAUCGUCUUGCCUCUGUUGACCCGUCAAGUCGUCUUAGUUCUAAAACCUGGAGGAACUGACGCUAAUAUGACCGAUAGCUUUGCAACAUUUGGAUUCCUGUACAGUACUAUUCCUACAGCGCCAACAGUUUACUUGUUUGCUAGCCUCUACCAGCAGUCCAUGGAUGUGGUUGCGACAUCGAUGGUACUGUGCACAUUUGCAGCUGCUCCUAUUAUGUUCAUUACAGCCACUAUGUCAAUGUUGCCAAUACAGACUAGUGAGGAAACAAGCGCUUUACUCUCAGCGACUAUGGUUGACGUUGGAUGCAUCGGUAUCGCUUGCUGUGUUUGGAUCUUGAUUGUAUUCAUAUUGAGUAAGAGAACCAACAUAAUCCCUCAUCAUUUUACUACACAUCUGGUCGUUGCUCAGUUCCUAGCGUCCAUCGGGAUCGUCUUAUGUAAAGUAACUGUCAAUGAAUCCAGCUGGAUUAAUAUUCCUAAAGCAAUCAUCUUACUAGUUGGUGUAUUCAGCUCACGAUGCUGGGCGGCCCUCAUAGCUGUAGCUCUUUGUAUUAUGAGAUGCCGAGGUCUCUGUGUUGUCCUUCGGCUCCGUCCGUUAUUUUACAUCUAUGGAUGGGCGUUACCAACUCUACUGGUAGCCAUCCUCGUUGCGGUUGCACCUCCAGUCUAUAAGAAUGAUGCAUCCAAUGUUGUGUUCCAAUAUGGAAUGGCCCAGUUGGUGGCAUCAAUCAUCCUUCUUGGUUUUAAUUUCUUGCUCGCUGUGACGGCUCUUGUCAUCCUCCAUCGUAAAGACCGCUUUGGUCAUCUCAGCAAUGUGAAGAUGUUGCCUACCAACAAGCCUACCAGUGAAGACACUGAUUCAGAGAGUGAGACAGAUCGCAUGCUCAGACCAUCUUGUGAAGAAAAUGGCAAUCAAGAUAUUGAAGAUAUGCGGACAGUCUACCAGACUUGUUCAAUCACAGCAAGUUGCUCCUCAAGUCAGCGAGAGACAUGUAGACGUCGUACCAACCAACAUUAUCUAAAGACAUUACAGACAUCAGAGGGAGGAGAUCCAUAUGAUGUAGCAGCCUCCCAUCAGCUUAGCAGACACAUUCUACUGCUGUUGUUUCUACUGCUGUCUAUGAUAAUUGGGUUUUCAUUGUGCGUAUGGAAAGUUACCGGAGAGACGCAAAACUCGCUAUAUUUAAUGCUUGAGUUUCUAGACACAGUUUUGGCAUACUGCCAAGGGUUCUUUACCCUCGCUGUGUUUGGCUUCGACACCCGGAAUGUCAUCAUCCCAUUCUUCAAUGCUAUUAUGUGUCAAUGCUUACUCGUAUUUAUAUCAACAAAUAAAAGAUUGAAACGAGUGUUAUGUAGAAAGAAGAGAACAUCAUCUUCUGAUGAUGAUGAUAUGGAUUCUGAGACGUCACACACCAUUCAACAGUUCACUCAACAUCACAUUGAAUCAUGCAAGAAAGAUAUUCUUAAAGAUGUCAGAAUUGGUGUGCAAGCUCAUCACCAUGAAGUAUUCCAUGGAUUGGACCUCGUUGAUUGGUUAGUUGAAGUUGGCUUAGCAACAGACAGAGAUGGCGCUGUUUCUUACAGCAAAAGGCUCCUGAUUGGUCAGAUUAUUACGGUCGUUGAUAAAGAUCAUGAUACGAAACAGUAUCACGAUAGUGGAUUGUUGUAUAAGUUCACGAGUGAUGAGGAUUCUACAAGUGAAGACUUUCAUGUUGUGACUUAAAGCUGCAGCAAACUUUUUUUAAAAGUACUCAGUUUGCUUUUUUAAUUUCUGUAUGACCAUCACCAAUCGUCCAGACUUAAUUUCUAUAAAAAUAGAUAUUUGAUUUUGCUUUUAGAAACAUAGAUACUGUAUUUAAAACCUGAAGAAUAAUGAAAUAUGUCAAUGAAUGUCAUGACUAUUUCAGUAAUGACCCUUAUAGUUUAGUGAAAGAUCAGAUCUUGCAGCUGUGAGUUGCCUCUAUGGGUAUCUUGGUACUAGCUAUUUGUGGUGGCUGUAGUCUCUUAAGGGUUCAAGUUGAAGAAAAAAAGGUACAAAUUUAAAAUAAUAAAAAACAUUUGUGUUUGAUAAGUUUGAUCGGAUUCAUAUAAUAAUCCUACCUAACAUAAUAUGUAUGUUACAGGAAAAAAAGGCGCCUGGUGUUUUUGGAAACUCGCUGCUGAUAGGUAAAAUCACUUUUAUCUAUAUCAGUACCCCAUCUUUAAUGGAGGAUUGACAAUCAACAUUACUAAAUCAAAAUUUAAUUUAUUCAUUUUAAUCAUUUUUUGGGUCAACAUAUGGUUUACAUAGUUAUGGUUUACAUAUCAAGGAAUGAUUUAUUUCAUCAUCUAAUCCCUUCACCUUUCAACUCCGACCUUUGUUAUUUAGAGUGUAAAGAAGAAAUCAUUUGUAGAUGAAACGGAAUCCUGUAAAUGAUGGUAAUUUGCAGUACUGGCUAGGUGCUUUAAUGGACACUGAACCAGCCCACUGAGUGCUUUAAAUUAUUACUCUUUGUCAAUUUUUUUUUAUAAAUUUAUGAUAUUUUUCUUUGUUCAAGCCCAGAUUUACCCAGUGAGUUUCCCUCUUGGUUAAUGACUUGAAAUUAUAUGAAAUACUCUACAUCGACAGCUUUUAAUUAAAUAAAAUGGUCCAACAUAGGCCCUUAUACUUGCCAUUUGCAUUUGAUACAGAGAUUAUUUAAUUAUGCUAGCUACAUAAAUCUGUAACGUCUACGUAAUGUCAUGUUACAAAGUAAAGAUUUAGUCUUAUACAGCGCAUGUAUCUACCUAUCUAUCUAUCUAUCUAAUGUACUCAAGGCAUUUUAACAAAAAGAAACAUGUAAAAUACAGGUCAUAGAAUUCUUUGAAUUAUGAAACCGAUUUAUGUAGUACCUUGCAAAACACAAGGGUUUGAAUAGUGCUUUGAUGCACUCAGCAGCCACUACCAGAAACCUAGGGGCAAACCCCUUCUCUCAUAGUAAAUGUACAUGUAACUGUUUUUUAACACGCAUUACACAACAAA